AUGAAGUGGGCUGUCGUCUUGUUGGCCAUCUUUGGACUUUCAGAAUGCUUGCACAAAAUUCCCUUGUACAAGGGCAAAACAGCCAGGGAGGCUCUCAGAGAAAAAGGCCUUCUGGAAAAGUUCAUGGAGACUCAUCCCUACAAUCCAUCCAUCAAGUUCAACUCUGCUUUGGCCCAGAUUGCUAACGAGCCUCUCACCAAUGACUAUGACCUCUCCUACUAUGGGAUCAUCUCCAUUGGAACUCCACCCCAGUCUUUCAAGGUCAUCUUUGACACUGGCUCCUCCAACCUCUGGGUUCCUUCUGUCUACUGUAACAGCUAUGCCUGCACUAACCACAAUAAAUUUAACCCUGCUCAAUCAUCCACCUACCGGGCCACCUCCCAGACCAUCUCUGUUCAGUAUGGCACUGGUGCAAUGUCUGGAAUCCUUGGAUAUGACACAGUCACUGUGGGCAGCAUUGUGGACACCAACCAAAUCUUUGGACUUAGUGAGAAUGAACCUGGAAGCUUCCUCUACUAUGUGGAAUUUGAUGGAAUCCUUGGACUUGCCUACCCCUCAAUCUCUGCUUCUAGCGCAACCCCAGUAUUUGAUAACAUGAUGAGCGAGGGGCUUGUAGUUCAGGACCUUUUUUCUUUUUAUUUGAGCAGGAACAGCCAGGCAGGCAGUGUGGUGACCUUUGGUGGAUUUGAUCCUGCCUACUACACUGGCAGCAUCCAAUGGAUUCCUUUGAGUUCAGAGACCUACUGGCAAAUCACUGUGCAGAAUGUAAUGGUCAAUGGACAGGUAGUUGCCUGUGCUUCUGGCUGUGAGGCCAUUGUGGAUACUGGCACGUCAAUGCUUGUUGGAGAUUCUAGCAAUAUUAACAACAUUCUGUCUUGGGUUGGAAUUUCCAAGGAUCAGAAUGGACAGUACACUGUGAACUGCAACAACAUUGGCUCAAUGCCUGAUGUCACCUUCGUCAUCAAUGGAGCUCAAUUUGCCCUCCCUGCUUCUGCUUAUGUAAAGCAGACCAGCUCUGGUUGCUCAUCUGGCUUCAGUCCCAGCAAUGACCAGCUCUGGAUCCUGGGUGAUGUCUUCAUCCGGGAAUGGUACUCCAUCUUCGAUAGAGGCAACAACAUGGUUGGUCUGGCCAAGGCUGUUUAA